AAAUUUAUUUUUUAAUUCAAGGUUAUAUUGGUAUUUUCACACAUUUUAUUGGAGGUAUAAUGAACAUUCCAUGCGUUUGCAUCCCAAAUUAACAAACAAUUCUAACAUGAGUGGCUAAUAGUUUUGGAGGUUAAUUGCAACUUUUUAAAGUUUGAGGGGAUAUAUCUACAGAGCUUAUAUUUUCAGCAAAAACGGGGAUGUAAACGCAGUGUUCUUUUUCUAACUUUUUAUACUAAAUUCCAAAAACACAGGAACUGCGCUUCCAAGAAUAUUGGAGUGAAAACCAGAUAGGUUUAAGUUCUUUAAUUCCGUAUGAGAAAAUAUUUAUUUAUUUAUUCAUUUUUUGAGCUCAGCAAGACUUAGAACUUUACAACUUUAUAGUCAACUUUUGUGCUUGCCACUUGCCAGGAAAGAAUAGCGAGAGUGACCCUCAUUUAAGUGUUAUUUAUUGUCCAAGUUCCACGAAUCGAUUGAUCAUUGGCCAUUGGUUUCAACCUCCAACGCCUUCAAAUAACGGUUUAACGCACUUCUUAGCACAUCAGCGAGACCGAACUCAACCCUUCAAAUGACGAAACCCAAAAUAUGCAUCCAACUCUCUUUCUACACAAGCCUCUUCCUUCUCCUUUUCAGCCAUGCAGCCUCUCAGCUCAAUGAUCAUGAGCAAGCAAUCCUACUGCACCUAAAGCAACACUGGAAAAACCCCCAGUACCUCAGCCAUUGGACACCUUCAAACACUUCCCACUGUUCGUGGCCAGAGAUCACCUGCAGUACCGGUGGCUCAGUCACCGGACUAUACCUCAUUAACACGAACAUUAGUGGAACAGUCCCACCCUUCAUCUGUGACCUCAACAACCUCACAGCCCUUGACCUUUCAUUCAACUAUAUGACCUCUAAUGAGUUCCCACGAGCUCUCUACAACUGCUCCAACCUCCAAUACCUCAACCUCUCGCAGAACUACUUCGCCGGCACACUCCCUGAUGACAUUCACCGCAUGGCUCAGCUUCGCGAGCUCAACCUUGGAGCCAAUAGCUUCUCCGGAAAAAUCCCAGCAUCUAUUGGGCGGUUAACAGAGCUGAGGAUACUUCAACUUUUCUCAUGUCCGUUUAACGGUCCUUUCCCGCCAGAAAUUGGCAACUUGUCCAAUCUUGAACGACUAGAAUUGGCCUACAUUUUGGGGAUCACAACAUUGCCUUUGGAGUUCACAAAGUUGAAGAAAUUGAAGUAUCUUUGGGUGGCAGGCUCGAAUUUGGUAGGAGAAAUCCCAGACAAGAUUGGAGAAAUGGCGGCACUGGAGCAUUUGGAUUUGUCAACAAACAAUCUGAGUGGGAAAAUCCCGAGCGGUUUGUUUAUGCUGAAAAAUUUGAGUAUAGUGUACCUCCACAAAAACAAAUUGUUCGGGGAGAUUCCUCGGGUGGGUGAGGCUUUAAAUAUAGACGUUAUUGAUCUAUCCGAGAAUAACUUGACUGGAACUAUACCCGAUGAUUUUGGAAGACUCACCAAAUUGUCCGGUUUGGCUUUGUUUUGCAAUCAAUUAUCUGGAAAAAUUCCAGAUAGUAUAGGUCGUCUCCCAGGGCUGAUAAAUCUUAAACUGUUUAGCAACAAUCUUUCAGGUACUUUGUCUCCGGACUUUGGGCAGUAUUCUAUGCUUGAAGAGUUUCAAGUUGCAUCCAAUCGGCUUACUGGCCAGCUGCCAGAACACUUGGGUGAUAAUAAAAGGUUGACAGGAGUGGUAGCUUUCGACAACAACCUCAGUGGUGAAUUGCCCAAGUCCCUUGGAAGUUGCAAUAAUUUGAAAAUUCUUAACGUUAAGAAUAAUAGGUUUUCAGGGAGUGUUCCUAGUGGUGUAUGGACAUUAUUGCAUUUGAGCAACUUGUUGUUAAGCAACAAUUCUUUUACAGGUGAACUUCCUGAAAGAUUGUCAUUGAACCUUUCUCGAUUAGAGAUGAGUCACAACAUGUUUUCGGGUAAAAUUCCGGCGGGAGUGUCUUCUUGGAGGAAUUUGGUGCAUCUCGAUGUCAGCAAUAACCUCUUAAAUGGUACAAUUCCUUUGGAACUAACUGCUCUUUCUCAUUUAUCAACUCUUUUACUUGAUCAAAACCGAUUCUCAGGCUCCCUUCCAUCAAAUAUUAUAUCAUGGAAAUCGCUAAAUAUGCUAAAUCUUAGCCGAAAUGCAAUCUCUGGACAAAUUCCUGAGGGAUUUUGUUAUUUACCAACACUUACUGAUUUGGACCUCUCAGAAAACCAACUGUCUGGCGAAAUUCCACCUAAACUUGGCCUCUUGAAGCUCACUUCGCUCAAUCUCUCUUCCAAUCUUUUGACUGGGAGGAUCCCAAGUGAAUUCGAAAAUGGUGCAUAUGCUAGCAGCUUCUUGAACAAUCCUCGCCUCUGUGCUAGUAAGCCAUCACUAAACAUUGCCGAAUGCAAUUCCAAAACCCAAAAUUCAAGCAAAACUUCAUCCAAAUUACUUGCUUGGAUUAUAGGUGUACCAGCAGCUUUCCUAGGUUUGUUAGCUUCAUUGCAUGUGAUCAGAAUUUAUUGGAAGAGAAAACAAGUAUCGGAUUUGGCAUGGAAGCUCACCUCAUUCCAGAGGUUGAAUUUCACAAAAAUUAACAUUUUGUCAGGACUGUCAGAAACUAAUAUGAUUGGUCGCGGUGGAUCAGGAAAAGUGUAUUGUGUUAGCAUUAAUAAUCCCUCACGUGAUUGUGUUGCUGUGAAGAGGAUUUGGAGUAACAAGAAGCUAGAACAUAAGCUUGAAAAACAAUUUCUUGCAGAGGUCAAAAUACUGAGUUCAAUUCGACAUUCCAACAUAGUGAAGUUGCUCUGUUGUAUCUCUAGUGAUAAUUCAAAACUUCUUGUCUACGAGUAUUUGGAAAACCGUAGCCUGGAUCUAUGGCUGAAUAGGAAGAGUAGAGCAACAACUGUCUCAGGUUCAGUCCAUAACGAUGUCUUGGAUUGGCCUAAGAGGUUGAAGAUAGCAGUUGGGGCUGCCCAGGGACUCUCCUAUAUGCACCAUGACUGCUCACCACCCAUUGUUCAUCGAGAUCUUAAGUCAAGCAACAUCUUAUUAGACUCAGAGUUCAAUGCAAAAAUUGCUGAUUUUGGUCUAGCCAAGAUAUUGAUGAAGGAGGGAGAAUCUGCUACGAUGUCAGACGUGGUUGGCUCUUAUGGCUACAUAGCACCAGAGUAUGCUCACACAAUACGAGUUAAUGAGAAGAUUGAUGUUUAUAGUUUUGGGGUCAUCCUUUUGGAACUGACAACUGGAAGAAAAGCUAGUGAGGGUGAUGAACACACAUCGCUUGCCGAAUGGGCAUGGCGACACUUUCAAGAAGGCAACUCCAUAGUUGAUGCCCUGGAUGAGGAGGUGAAGGAAAACACACAACAUAAAAACGAAAUGUGCUGUGUUUUCAAACUUGGAAUCAUUUGUACAGGUACACUGCCUUCUACCAGACCGUCCAUGAAAGAGGUUUUGAAAAUUUUGCUCCGAUGCAACCAGCCAUCUGGUUAUGGAGAGAAGUACUCUGAUUACAAUGCUUCUCCUCUCCUCAAGAAUUCAAUGUGCGAGAGGGUAUUAGAAAAUAAUGAUGCAACUUUGGCAUCCAUGGUUUGAUGAGUUCUUAAGAAAUGUUAAAUACCAUCAUUUUAUCCAAUAUUUAUGCAACAAUGUCGAUAUGACACUCCCAAUUAACCAUUGUUAGAUAAAUAAAUAAAAGAUCAGAUGCUUAGUUGUGAGUGCCACGUCAGCAUUGUUAGAUGAAUAUUGGAUAUAAUUUUAGUAUCUAUCAUUUCUCUUUGGAAGUUAGAGGAUAGCAUUGUUGUAAUGGUAAUGUUAGGUUAGCAAGUGAAGUGUCUCUAGUUUUUAUGUUGGAAUAAUCUCUUGCGACGUUGUUGUAUUAGAGCAGCAUGCUCUUUCUUCUUGGCCCCUUUGUAUUUUAUCUUAGGCAUAUUAUUAAAAUAACUAAUUAUUCAAAUAUUUUA